GGCUUAGCUAUGAAACAAGGAAGUAAACAGAGAGGAUUUUCCGCGUGGGUUUGGAGAUGGAGUUUCCUUGUUCUCUGUUUCCUGGUUUUUAUGAUGAGGGCCCCUGUGAGCCAGAAGUACAGUGUGGCCCUUCAGCUUCAGGAUGGGGGGAGCAUGGCAGGGUGCGGCUGGGCGAUGUGACCCCUCCCCAGGCCGGCUCCUUUGCGCCUUUAUAUGAGAGAUCUGCAGAAUUGUGGACCCCCACCGAGCCUGUGCCCACCCCCCUCGUCCCACCUAAUGCAGGCUGUGGAUUUCCUCGGGUGAUGGAGUCGGAUUUCUUGCAUCCGCUGCUGGCCCAGAAAGACAAAAUAAACCUGGAUUUCAGCAAACAGUUGUCUCAUUUUGCGUGGGAUCACAAACAUGUCGCGUUCCACACCAUGGGCCGCCUGCUGGAGCCGCAUUUUUACCUGGGAGACGGGUAUUUGAAGGGAAAGCACGGCGAGGGCAUUAAGAGGAUGACUACGAUGCUUCAGUCCCUGAGACAUCUCCCAAAUCAAGAUUGCCCCUCCGCGGUCUCGUCUCUCCUGCGCUCCUUCACGUUCCUGACCGGUGAGUGGAUUCAGGAUUUGCCCCAAGCCAUGUUGGCGCAGCUGCUGCACGAGGCUAUGCCUGACGACUGGCACCGGCUCAGGUUUCCGGAGGCUGCCACCAGUGGGGCUCUGUCCUGGAAUCCGUACUCGGACGGCCAGCAUGGCUGCCUGAUCUACCCCCGUGGGGCAGCCAUGGACCAACUCCAUUUUCAGCAGGUGGCACUGGGGCAGGACGAUGAUCCGAGGAUUCAGGGAGAUCCGUCAGUAUAUGAUCUGGGUGCCCGGGUACUUCAAGUGACCACCGGGGGCCCCGGCCUCUCCGAAGAGGUCCUCGCUGGAGUCCGAUCCUCUUAUUAUUUGGCCGCUUGGAGCUUCUCUUCCCAGAAUCCCCCCGUGGCCCUGCGGGUCGUUCGCACUCAGACUCCCAGCACCUGUAUCAACGUCAGUCCGCAUCUGCCGGGAGAGCUGUGCGCAUGCACCGAGAGCGGGGCGCUGUACCUGUGGAGCCUGGAGAGCGGCCUCCAGCGGGUACGGCACCACCCCGACAACCUCUUUUUCCGGGACGACUCGAAGUGGAGAUGGAGCGACUUCACGUGCCACCCGCGGGUGCUGACCUACGCGGACAGGACAGGUGUGCAGGCUGUUGACACCAGGGUCCCUGAUGGCCAAGGCCUGGAUCUGUUUCGAAUUGGAAAGGAGUCUUCAUGUCAGAGAGGAGAGCGAGUGAUUCUGCCCCGCUGUGCGAGGGAGACCGACCCUGCACACUUUCUCAUCACGACCCAGUUCUCCGUGUACGUCAUGGACGAGCGCGUCCCUCGGGUUCCGCUGGUGAAAUGGGAUCACAUGAUGGAAUCGCCACCGAUGUUCGCUGACUUCGUAUCAGGAGGCGGAGCUGACAGAUCCGACAAGAUCUUACUGGGCAGCGCGUGCAGUCAGGAGAGCUGCAUCCUGCAGUAUAGGGGUGCAGGCACAUCCCCCUGCCAGCUUCUCUUCCCGGCUCUGGAACUGCCCCGGGUCGCCAAGAGCCUCCAGCAUUUACCCCCGCUCCUCCCGCAUCACCAGGAUGUCGUGGCGGAGAGGCUGACUUCUCCCCUGGCAGGUCUGGCUGCGGCCCCCAGCAGCAGGGUCCCGGAGUCCAUCGUGCUUUUCCAGCUCACAGACCUCGGAGAUGUGUUUUAUCAGAGGAUCGGGUACAGGGGCCGGGGGGCUGCAGGGGGCAAUUAUUCCUGCCAAGAUACCCCUCAACCUAAUGCGACUGCCCCAGAACAAGCUCCAAGCACAGCUAGUGCCUGCGCAGAACCACCUCGCGAUGUCCUCACUAACCAAGAGACGGCCGUGCUAGACUUUCAGUCCGACCCCAUUGAGGGCACCAGGUCCUUCUUACCCCGUUACAGCUGCUGGCUCAGUGCCCUGUUCAGAGACCCCGGGGCCCGGCAGCAGGGGGUCCGGCGACCGACGUUUCACAUAAAAAAGCUGUUGCGGGCGCUGGAGGCCAUGCGGCCCGCGGAGGCUCCGGGUGAGGCGCGAGCGAGGCUGCGGGAGGGUAUGAAGCAGGGCAAACCAGUGCAGAUACGGCCUCCGGAACUACCCACCUCGCUGGAGCUCGUAUCUACCCAGAACUGGAAAGACCCCCUGAGUGAGCGGCUGACGGCUGCCUGGGGGGGCCGGCUGGGACUGUGGUGGGACGAUAACCUCGGCCUCAAUAAGAAGAGUAAAGUGGAGGCUCUGCGGGAGCGUCGCCGGAGGCAGAAGCAGCGGAGGGCGCGGAGCACGCUGUCCGGGAGCUUCACGUCCUCGCUGAGUGUCACAUCGGAGGUCCGAGAUGUGGAUGCCGGCGCUCCCUGGCCCGACGGUCUCUCCCUCUCUGAACCGGAAGCCUCUGCCGGGAGAACCCAACCGGCCCAGGCCAGGGAGCCCGCAAUCUCAGACGGAGACCGGGGUAGUGCGAGCAGGAGCCGCACCCCAGAGGCCGACUCCCUGUUCUCCUCGCAGUCCCUGCGCUCCCGAGGAAUCCCCAAGGAGCGGACGAGGACAGUGCGGGAUUUCCUCUCCUUCCUGGGAGACUCCGUGGCCCCCGAGUGUCCGUCUUUCCCCUCGCGGUCAGUGUCGGCGUCCUUCCCGUCAGCUUCCUUCCCCUCGGGGCCGGCAUCGGCCCCCGUCACAAAAACUCUUUCUCAGACCCCGUCCAGGUCCCAGAAAUCGGGCGGGAAGUCCCGCAUGGGGUUCUGAGAGGGAUCCGCUUCCCGGGCGCACGGACCGUCGGCUGCUAAUAAGUGUUUUAAAUAAAACUUAUGUAUUCAAAA